AUGCGCACGCAGCCGCAGGAAGCACGUAUCAAACAUCCAAUAGGAGCUGCGGCGCACAGCUGUGUGGUGUGUACCGGAAGUGCUGUCAGGAUUCACGUGUGUUUGGGAAAGAUGGACGGGUUCGUGAAGUUGGGGCUUUCAUCGUGGCUCAUGGAGCAGUGUAUGCAGCUGGGUAUCCGCAAACCGAGCCCGGUACAGGAGAACUGCAUCCCGCCCAUCCUGGAGGGUCGUGACUGCAUGGGUUGCGCUAAAACUGGUAGUGGCAAGACUGCUGCAUUUGUUCUGCCUAUACUCCAGAAGCUGUCUGAGGAUCCUUUUGGAAUAUUUUGCUUGGUGCUUACACCCACCCGUGAACUGGCAUAUCAGGUUGCUGAGCAGUUUCGAGUCCUCGGCAAGCCGCUGGGUCUGAAAGACUGUAUAAUUGUUGGUGGAAUGAAUAUGGUUGCACAAGCUUUGGAGCUAUCCAGAAAGCCCCACGUUGUCAUAGCUACACCGGGCCGUCUGGCUGACCACAUUCGCAGUUCAAACACUUUCAGCAUGAAAAAGAUUAGGUUCUUGGUUCUGGAUGAGGCGGAUCGUCUCUUGGAACAAGGCUGUACUGAUUUUACCCAAGAUUUGCAGGUGAUCCUUGGGGCAGUUCCUGUUCAGAGACAGACUCUUCUGUUCAGUGCCACCUUGACUGACACCCUACAGGAGCUGAAAUCCAUUGCAAUGAACAAGCCUUUCUUCUGGGAAUCUACUUCAGAGGUGCGCACAGUGGAGCAGUUAGACCAGAGAUAUAUUUUGGUGCCUGAGAAAGUAAAAGAUGCCUAUUUGGUGCAUUUGAUCCAGAAGUUCCAGGAUGAGCAUGAAGAUUGGUCUAUUAUGGUCUUCACCAACACUUGCAAGAACUGCCAAAUUCUCAACAUGAUGCUUCGCGAGUUCAGUUUCCCUUCUGUAGCUUUACAUUCCAUGAUGAAGCAGAAGGAAAGAUUUGCUACCCUAGCAAAAUUCAAAUCCAGUGUUUACAAGAUUCUUAUUGCGACAGACGUGGCGGCCAGGGGGCUGGAUAUUCCGACUGUUCAAGUUGUCAUCAAUCACAAUACCCCAGGUCUGCCAAAGAUCUACAUCCAUCGUGUGGGCCGAACAGCAAGAGCAGGGCGCAAUGGCACGGCAAUAACAUUGGUGACCCAGUAUGACAUUCAUCUGGUGCAUGCUAUAGAAGAACAGAUCAAUAUGAAACUAGAAGAAUAUAAGGUGAAAGAAGGUGAAGUCCUAAAUAUUCUCACCCAAGUGAAUGUCACCAGACGGGAAUGUGAAAUUAAACUUGAGUGUACAGACUUUGAUGAGAAGAAGGAAAUUAACAAGAGAAAACAGCUUAUUUUAGAGGGGAAGGAUCCUGAUCUGGAGGCAAAAAGGAAAGCAGAGCUUGAGAAAAUAAAGAAGCAGAAAAAGAAAUUUAAGGCGCACAUUCAGGAAUCUAUUCAAAAAAAGAAAGAUGCUCAAGUGCACAGGAAGCAGAAGAAGAAACAACUUCGACUAGAGAAGAAGAAUACCAAAGCGCAAAUGAGCAGUGACUAAAUCUGUAGCUGAAUACAAUGCGUUCACUUUACCUGGACAGACCCCAGAUGAAGGAUGGAAGAGAGCGAGGCAGGAGCAGACUUUUUUGAUGAUGCCAAUGAUGUAUCUAUAUUACUGUUAGAAAAGUACCUGCCAUGUUUAACCUUCAUAUAUCAUUUGAUGAUACAUCAAAAGUUCUGGGACUCUAUCUCCCUGUUAAUGACUUUCCUGCCCUAUUUGGUUUAAGCUACUUUGUGGCGGUACUUCUUCAGAGAGAACCCAUCUACCUUUGUCAUUCUCUGAUGUCCUGUACAACUGUAUUGACUCAUGUCUUCCUAAAUCCUUGUCUAUUUCUGACUGAACUGCAGAGGAAAUGUAUACUAGUUGCCCAUAGCAACCAAUGAGAUUGCAUCUCUUUAAUUUCUAGAGGCCUUUUUAAAAGCAAUCUGGUUGCUAUUGCUAUGCACUUUUCCUCUGCAUAAGUUUUGAUAAAUUUUCCACCUAGUGCAGUAGAAAUGAAAAUUAUGAUUGGAAAUUUCUAUUUAUCUUUAACCGUUUUUGAGGACUAUUGAAUUAUUGUGUUUAUAUAAUUUUGUUAUAAUAAACUAUUACUAUAAAUGUGGGCACUGAGGUUUGUAACAGCGGGCGGGACACUAAAAUCACACUAUUGUUCUAGGGAAGAUUUCCCACGUUUCUCCUGAAAUCUGCUUCCUACAAAAGACUGAGUUGUGUCUAAGCUAUAUUUGCCCAGUGAUGACUGAAAGUUAUUGGGAGAUUUAUCAAAACCUGUGCAGAGCAAAAGUUGACCAGCUGACCAUUGCAACCAAUCUCAUUACUACUUUUGUUUUUUGAGGCCUUUGCUUUUUUUUAUUUAAAAAAAAAUAACAAAAACGAUUGGUUCCUAUGGACAACUGGUCUCUACAAAGGUUUUGAUGAAUCUCCCCUUUUGUGUUUUAUAUAAUAGACCAAAGAUGGCAAACCUCAAGCUUGCCACACACCAUUCUCCUUUUGGAAGGGGACUGCUACCCUCAGUUCUCUGACUGUUAAUGCUGCAUUGUAUUUUGCAUUGCAUAGAUUUUCUAAAAUGUAUUUUCUGUAAUGUAUAUGUGCAUUUUCUAAAAUGCCUAGGUGAUGGCAUGAUGCUAUAAAACAAUGAGUUGACCUUU